AUGGACCCGGAGGUCUAUCGAAAAGCUCUUCAGGCAGAGCUCCUGCAGCAUCUGGAGGGCAAGAAGGUCGACCGAGUGCUACACGUCAUUAUCAGACUUCAGGCGUAUGUCCGAAGGAGACAGGCGCGGAGAAAGGUGAUGAGAAUGAGGGAGCAGCAAGUGGUGCAGCACUACAUGGACCCGUCAGUACAGAAGCUGAAGCCGACAGGUCUGUAUUUGCAGCAGCGGGCUCAGAAUACCAUCGCCUGCAAGGUGCUUUAUUUCGGGAUUGCGUUCGGAGCUUACUUCGUUAGGGUUGUUUGUGUAAUCAUCGCGACAUCAUUGUCAUUGCUAUGGUUUGAUUUGCUAUUAUCAUGCUUAGGAUAUCCAGCAUUUGCAUUGCAGGGUUUGUCGCUAGUUGGUGCUGUAUUCAUGUAG